AUGCUGCGGCUCCUGCGGACGCCCACGCGGACAGCGCGCGCAACCUGCGCCCCCACGCGCGCCAUGAGCACGUCGAAGCUCAGUCUCGAGCAGCUCGCGCAGCGACAGAGUCUGAAGGGAGCGCGUGUGCUCGUGCGCGCCGACCUGAACGUGCCGCUCGAGAAGAACGCGACGCCCGCUGUCAUCACGGACGACACGCGCAUUCGCGCCGUGUUGCCCACGCUCCAGUUGCUGCAACGCGCAGGUGCGCGUACUGUGCUGUGCUCCCAUCUCGGCCGUCCAGGGGGUGAGGUCAAGGACGAGCUGCGGCUUACGCCCGUCGCGUCGCGUCUUUGUGAGCUCCUCGACAGCUCUGUCUCGAAGCUCGACGACUGUAUUGGCCCUCAAGUUGACGCUGCCAUUCAAGAGCUACAGGACGGAGACAUUGUGCUGCUGGAGAACGUGCGCUUCUACAAAGAGGAGACUGCGAACGGUGGCGCGUUUGCCAAGCAGCUCGCCCACGGCGCAGAUAUCUACGUCAAUGACGCGUUUGGAACCGCGCAUCGCGCCCAUGCGUCGACUGAAGGCGUGACGAAGCACAUACCGACCAGCGUGGCAGGCUUUUUGAUGGAGAAGGAGCUCCAGUACUUGUCGAAUGCCGUCGACGCCCCUGUGCGGCCAUUGGGUGCUGUCAUUGGCGGUGCCAAAGUCUCGACGAAGAUCCCUGUGCUGAAGUCGCUGCUGCAGAAGUGCGACAAGAUUAUCAUUGGUGGCGGUAUGAUCUUUACGUUCUACAGAGCUCAGGGGCUGGAUGUCGGCAAGUCGAUUGUCGAAGAGGACAAAGUCGCACUUGCUAAGGAGAUUCUUGAUGAGGCAAAGCAGCGCGGCGUGCAGAUUGUGCUUCCUACGGACGUCGUAGUUGCGGACAAGUUUGACGCCGAGGCGCAGUCAAAGGUCGUAGCAGCUGAUGCGAUCCCCGCUGGGUGGAUUGGGCUGGACAUUGGCCCGGACUCGGAGGCUGCAUUUGCCAAGGAGCUCAGGGAGUGCAAGACUGUUGUGUGGAAUGGCCCGAUGGGUGUCUUUGAGUUUCCACGGUUUGCAAAGGGCACGAUCAGUGUGGCGGAGACCCUUGCGGCAAGUACAGACAAGGGGGCCACUACUAUCGUCGGUGGCGGGGACUCUGUGGCCGCUGUCGAGCAAGCUGGCCUCGGCUCCAAGAUGAGCCACAUCUCUACAGGAGGCGGUGCGAGCCUGGAACUGCUCGAGGGGAAGGAGCUCCCGGGCGUCGCCGCGCUGAACGACGCGUAA